AAACUGGAUUUGUUUUACCUAAUUAUAAUACAAUCCAAAACAUUCACUAUAAAUAGUCUGUAUCACUCACUGUACCAAAAAAAUGUCCCUUAGAGGUAAUGUUGCACUGCGCGUGCGCGCUGCAUCUCCCCACUCCCUCUCCUCUUGUCGCCAUGGUAACGGAGAAGGGGGGGUAACGGCCGAAGGGGAGGACAGAGGAGAGGUACCCAGACUCAUCACAUGACCGCUCCUUGUUAUCUCUGUGGUGGAUACAUAUCGUUUGUUGCUGGACCGGGAGCGACAUUAGAUCAGUCAGUGAUCAAGGAGCCCGUCCUCUCCUCGAGCAGAUUGACGGUCGGUUGAACGGGACUCGACAUGUCAGACGUAGUUCCUCCAGAAGUGAGACCCAAACCAGUUGUCCCUGCCAAGCCCCCAAAUGUGGGGGCUCCUUCCCCCUCCAGCCCCUUUCCACCCCAGGGGCCAGGCGGUGGAGCAGGCAGCGGUGGGGUCUCCGCCCCUCCUCCGAGUGCCAUUCCAGUCCCAAUCGGGAGUCACGGCCCGGGCUUCGCUGCCAAUCACGGUAUUGGUCAUGGUGUGGGCCACGGUGCGGGCCAUGGUGGGGGCCAUGCUACAGCACACAGCGGAGGUCAUGGUCACGGCGGCUCCCACAGCUCCAGCGGAGGAUCCACUCUGCUGGGGUACAUUGGUAUUGACACCAUCAUUGAGCAGAUGAGGAAGAAAACCAUGAAGACUGGCUUUGAUUUCAAUAUCAUGGUAGUCGGUAACAGCGGUUUGGGAAAGUCGACUCUUGUGAACACCUUAUUCAAGUCCCAAGUGAGCAGGAGGAGCGCAGGAUGGGCCCGCGAUGAGAAGAUCCCCAAAACUGUGGAGAUCAAAGCAGUGUCUCAUGUCAUUGAGGAGGGUGGUGUGAAGAUGAAGCUGACAGUCGUUGACACUCCCGGCUUUGGAGACCAAAUCAAUAACGACAACUGCUGGGAACCCAUUUCCAAGUACAUCAAUGAGCAGUAUGAGAAGUUCCUAAAGGAGGAGGUCAACAUCACCAGAAAGAAGCGCAUCCCUGACACCAGGGUGCACUGCUGUCUCUAUUUCAUCUCCCCAACCGGACACUCACUUCGGCAGCUAGACACCGAGUUCAUGAAGCGCUUGAGUCACUCGGUCAACAUUAUUCCUGUCAUUGCCAAAGCAGACACGAUGACCAUUGAGGAGAGGCAGGAAUUCAAACAGCGGGUAAGAAAGGAACUGGAGAUGGGUGGGAUUGAGUUUUACCCGCAAAAAGAGUUUGAUGAGGACAUGGAGGACAAAAGUGACAAUGACAAGAUCAGAGAGGCGAUGCCCUUUGCUGUGGUGGGCAGUGACAAAGAAUAUCAAGUGAAUGGCAAACGAGUUCUGGGGAGGAAGACAGCAUGGGGAAUCGUAGAAGUUGAAAAUCCCAACCAUUGUGAGUUUGCUCAACUGAGAGAUUUCCUGAUCAGGUCUCACCUCCAGGAUUUGAAGGAGGUCACUCAUAACAUUCACUAUGAAACUUACCGUGCCAAGAGACUGAACGAGAAUGGAGGCCUACACCCCAUAUCCUCCAACGACACCCAAGAAAGCAACCUGUAGUCAGUCAGUCAGUCAGUCAGUCAGGGGAGGAGUUCAGACAAAGUAAGAGUGAAAACAGUGCAAUGAAGCUGAUAGAUGAAUCUACAGAAUAUUAUAAUCAGUCACCACAGCAUCGCUGCAUGCUUGGAAAACAUUUAAAUCUGUAAAAAUUGGUGUUUUUUUGUUUUUUUUUUGUGAUUCUAAAAUUCACAGAUUGUUUAAUCCACAUUCUUCCCCACAUCAUCCUGACACAUACACAUAUCAAACCCCUCUAGUCCCAUUUCAGAGUAACUCCUUUGAAUAUUUGGAUGAAAGGACAGUCCUACCCAGAGACUUAGUGCCAUUAUAAAAGUAACAUUUUAUCUACUGCCAAUGCCUUGUCAUUUAUCAUUGUCCGGGUAGUAUGAGCUUAGAAAGUGCCAUGUUAUAAUGUGUAUAAGAGGAUUAUUUUAAAGUUUUAGUGUUGUGUAGCAACCAAUGUCUGAAUUCAGACAAAGGAAAUUAUUUGCUCUCAAUAUAAAAAUCAUAAUUCCUUUGUAGUAGUGAUGCAUGAGCCAGCUCUGUAGUUGACUCUGUACAAAUUGCUUUUUUAAAAUUCUCUUCAGUAACUGUUCAUUUGAAGAAAGACUCCCUGUGGCUUUACUGUCAGGAGGGCUUAACAAACAUUACAAGUACUGCUGUCUCCUUCUGUACCCACCCUCAUGAAGAAACAAAUGAAAUUUGUUUAAUCAAAGUUCCCUCGCUCUGUUUGAGGUGAUUUACCAUUUUGAAAUAGGUAACGUGUGCAGACCUGCAUACUAAGAUCAGAGACAGCUGCAACAUCAGUCACAUAUGAAAUGCAAUUCGGUGGGCGACAAUGUGUGCGUGAUUAAAGAGUCCUCUGGGCGCAUGACUGUGCACAUCCCAGAUUCUGUGAUUCUAUUAAUCACCGUAAUAGAGCAAAAAACUAAAUGAACAGUUUGCGACAGUACGGCUCAGCAUAUGUUGUUACACCACAGUGGGUAGAGAGGAAAGGGGAGCUGUCAUUUGUGUGCAUUUGUGCUGUGCUCACCUGCAUUGGCUGACUGUGUUCUUACAGUGACAAUGGAGUGCAAUUAUACAACCAAUGAGUGGUUUUAUUAUUAUUAAAUAUUAUGUUUUUUCUGGAGCCAGAUGGACUUGUGACCUAUUCUGCCACUUAAAUUGACAACAUGCACCCAAUUUUAAUGCAAAUCUAAAAGCCUGCAAUGUUUAAUUUAAAAUGUAUUACUUUAUAGAAAUAAUAGAUUAGCAUGGCAAAUGUCAUGAAAAAUCAAAUUUAAUUUACAAGCUCACUCAACAGAAGUAAGUCAUAUGGUGUAAAUCAGUAAGUGAAAAUCACUAGUCUUUGCUCAAGUUUUUUUUUUUUUUUUUGUUUUUGUUUUUUAUUUGGUAGGUUUGGUUGAUUUAAUGCAUUUUCAUCCUAAUUGUAUCCACUCACCAUGAAAAGUGUAUUUUCUGCCCCCCCCCCCCCCCCCCCCAAAAAAAAAAAAAAAAUCCAAUCCACUGGUGUAAUCAGUAUAACUGUGCAACAAGUUGAAUAACAACAAGUCUGAAAUGAAAACUAAAAACUGUUUUAUAUUAUUUAUUGUUUGACGUCAUGUGCCAUGCAAAGUAUUGGUGAACGUAACAGUGAUCUGACCCAGAGAUGAGGACAGUAUUUUGCUUGUUUUUGUGUUGCUAGUUUAAAAUUAAAUUCCUCUUGUUCACCACUUGGUGGCAGUACUCUGCCAUGUAAAAGCAGUAACUCAACAGAACAAGAAAUAGGUACUUGGAUGUUGGUCCAAGUACCUAUUUCUUGUUCUGUUGAGUUACUGCUUUACUGCUUUGUGUCCUAAGCUGACACUCCAACUGUCAGUUUUUUCAUAUCAAAUCCAGUCUCAUUUCCUGAUGAAGUUUACAGAGUUUGGAUCCUCCACUGCUGUCAGUGAUAACUAAUACAGUAUAUCUCUCUAGAUCAGGUUUACAAGAAGCUUCAAGCUUUAACCCAAUAGUAUGCAGUCAGUGGGUGGGUGUAAUUAUUUAAAAUCAAUACAUUUAUUAAGUUGUAAACAUUCCUACUGUUCUACCAUGAACUGUCUGCAGUAGAGCACAAAGAUGCCAAAACCACAAGUAAAUCAAUCUUUGAAAAGCUAUCAAUAUUUUUGGUUUUAGUUGAAUCAUCAUUUUAUACAAACAUACACAUUUUUGCGAUUUUGAUAUGAAGUGUGAUGUCUGCAACAAAUGAUAAUAGUCAUCUGUGAUUUUAGUGCAGUCAAAGGUUUUCAAGCAGAAAUUUGAAAUUGUUUGUGUGUGCAUGCUUGUAUCCAUAUUGCCCGUUUGUUUACAGAAGUUCACACAUCACUGCAACUUUAAAUCAACUUAUCAGCUAUUUCUGAGUGUGUGAUGUGUACAUUAAAUUGCUAUAUCAUGAAGUAAAACGCUGCUGUCUUAACUCCUGUAACUAAAGUGACGGCCCACUAUCCACCUAUCACUCAUUCCUUUGAAUCAGUAUAACUUCACCUUGUAAAUGUAUUUAAUAACCACUUUUCUCAAAGUUGCUGUGACACAUUGAGAGAUAAUUUCUAGUGUUGUAUUAUUUAUACAUUAAUGUCUUAUUAUUAUUAUUGUAAUUUAUUCUUUAUUUAAUAAAGCACAUUUCCAUGUUUUUUGAAA